AUGGGACGACCCAAGAGACGAUACCAUUUCUUGUGUUGUUCAGCAGAGUUUGCGGUCAAACAUGAGCAGGUUGAUGACGGCGCGGAUGAUGAUUCUGUGUUCAAUGUGUUAUUGGAGUCUGCGGUCAAACCUGAGCUGGCUGAUGAUGGUGUGGAUGAUGAUUCUGUGUUCAAUGUGUUAUAUGAGGAGCCCGUACUGGUGGAUCAGCCGAAGGUCGGCGAGGAGAAGAGCAAGGAACUCAUGGAUGUAGACCCCCUCGUCAAGUCGGAGACGGAUGAUGCGAUGAGUGACGGCGGCUCGUCAGCGGCGGUGUGUUUGGACGGCAGCGCCGCGCGCGCCAGGGAACACCGAGCGAUGGCUUGUGUCGUGGUGCUCGAGCGCCUCCGCGGCGACGUGACUCUUCACAAUGAAGCCAACCCAUACGGCUGCGAACACUGUGGCAAACAUUUCGGAAACAAGAUUUUUUUAAGAAAACACAUAGAAAACACACACUUGUCCACCGGGCCAACAGCAUUUGCUUGUGAUUUUUGUAGUUCUACUUUUCAAACCAAAUUUCUUGUAAUCGAACACGUGAAAAGCGAACACGGUGUUACAAAUUUCAUGUGUGCUGAAUGUGAGUAUACAACAAGUUCUAAGAAAGGUUUGGUGACUCAUUUAAAGAGUCACUCAGUUAAGAAUAAUUUUAAUUGUAGUCACUGUAGUUACACGAGUUCGUGUAAAAGUGAUUUAUACAAACACCAAACAAUACACAUGGCUGGAAAACCUUUUAGGUGUAGCGACUGUGAUUUCAAAUGCAAUCAGAAAUCAUAUUUACGAAGACACCGGAUGAUACACACUGGGGCAAAGCCAUAUAAAUGUAGUAAUUGCGUAUACAAGUGUAGUCGGAAGGAAAGAUUGCUAACACACCAGAGGAUACACACCAGAGAGAAGCCUUACAAAUGUAGUAAUUGCGACUACAAGUGCAGUGAUAGGUCAGGCUUAAGAAAUCACAAAACGACACAUACUGGCGAGAAGCCUUUUCAGUGUAGCCACUGUGAAUACAAAUGCAGUCGGAAAUCCCUUUUAAAAUUACACCUGAUGAUACAUACUGGGGCUAAGCCAUUCAAAUGUAGCUAUUGCGACUAUAGGUGUAGGCAGAAAGCAAACUUGUUUGUACACCAGAACAUACAUACCGGAGAGAAGCCGUACAAAUGUAGUGAUUGCGAUUACAAGUGCAGGACUAGUUCUAAGUUACAAAUACACAAAAGGACACACACUGGUGAGAAACCUUUCACAUGUAUUCAUUGUGAUUACAAAUUCAGUGAUAAAUCCAACCUACGACGUCAUCAGAAGACACAUACUGGGACGAAGCCUAAAAAGUAAUAAUUGCAACUAACAAGAGCAGCCUGAAACAGCACCUGCGAAGACACCUAAAAUAUAAUGGAGGACCGCAUCUCCAUAUAAACGUAGUUGUAUGUAGUAGUAGUAGUAUUUCUCUCUGGAUAUUGCGGUGCCAACUGCGGCUUGAGACGACGGUGUUAGAAAAUAUGAAUAAGUUGUUUAUAUUUAAUUUUUAUUGCA